CAUUUGUAAUUUCUGAUGUGUCCCUGCUCUUUGCUUUCAUUUUUUUAAUCAUCUUUCACAAGUUACUUUUUGUACUGUACUGUACAGUUGCUUUUCUUCGUACCAUGAAAAGAGGCUGAGCAAUAUAAGCAUUCCUCGUCCGUUUCUUACUCUUCAAGCCCCUGUACUCCCAUGGCUUGUCAACAUAACGCUCUCUCACUCUAAUCUGAAAUGCCAGGGAUUAAACAGACAGCCAACUCUCCAUCCAUAAUUCUACCAUCCCCUCCCCCUUUUUUCUCUCUCUCUCCCCCUUUCUCUCAGUCUCACACCCACACACACAUACACACACAUAAACACCCAGAGUUUUUGGCAAACUAGUCAUUUUGAGACGAUAAGCGCGAUGUUUCAGAGGCAGAGAGGGGAAGGUGGGCGGGAUGGAUUAGAUUAAGUUGGUCCAAAUUCAAGGGCUCACUUGAGGCGAGACGGGGUGACAGAUGAACUGGAAAAAAAUAGUGUGUGCGUGUGUGUGGUGUGAGGGAGAGCGAGAGAUGGAAAAAGGGAAGAGAGAAAGUGGUGGAGUCAUGCAAUCAGAGCCAGAGUCUGGUGGCAGCAGGUUGUUUCAGCCCAGAUAUGACCCAGCACCGUCAAUCUCCCAUCACCCUGCCGCCGUUUCCCAUAAUAUCACACUAAACAUCUCGUAGCUCGUCAUGACAGCCUCCGGCAACCUAUAGGAGUUUAAUGCGGCACCAUAUACCUAGCUUACCUCCCUCUGGACCAAUAGGACCUUGGAUUGUAGCACGUGCGGUAGAAAGGAGUCGCUUUUAGUAGUGGUGGAGCAAGUGGACACAUUCGCUGGGUGUUGAUGCACUGGAUCUAGUAUGGAUUUUGGAUUUUAAUGUGGCAUUUGAACGGAGAAAGGGGGAAAGAGAAGAAACCUGGGACAAAGAAGGAGGGUGGGAAGACAGGAACAAGAGGGCAGGGUGAUGGGAAACAUCAACAAGGCUUCUAAAAAGAACAGUAAAAGGAUAAAGGGGCCCACAGAACGAAGCGGCACCCCACUGGCCGCCGCCAUGCUGGGGGGCCUGGGUGGUCCAGAGGAAGUGGACACGGAGGACGAGGAGGAAGGAGGCAGCGAGCGCGAGUUCGAGGAGCCCCUGUGCGCUCUGGUUAAGAACUGCAACAUGCUGCACAACAUAGUGGGCCCUGCUUGUAUCUUCCUCAGACAGGGCUUCGCACAGAGCCAGCUUGACAGAGAUCUACGACCAGAAGAAAUGGAAGAGCUGCGUGAGGCCUUCAGGGAGUUUGACAAAGACAAGGACGGCUUCAUCAGCUGUAAGGACCUGGGCGAGUGCAUGAGGACUAUGGGAUACAUGCCGACCGAGAUGGAACUCAUAGAGCUCAGCCAGCAGAUCUGUGGUGGCAGAGUGGACUUCGAGGACUUUGUAGAACUGAUGGGCCCCAAAAUGCUGGCUGAGACUGCAGACAUGAUUGGAGUCAAGGAGUUAAGAGACGCCUUCAGAGAGUUUGACUCUGAUGGCGAUGGUCAGAUCAGCCUCGCAGAGCUUAGGGAAGCCAUGAAGAAGCUUAUGGGUGAGCAGCUCAACCACCGCGAGAUUGACGAGAUCCUGCGAGACGUGGAUCUUAAUGGAGACGGACAGGUGGACUUUGAAGAGUUUGUGAGAAUGAUGUCUCGCUGAGUCUUCAGCAAACCUCACUCUGCUGCAAUAAACACAACAUGAACUGGACUGCGCACUGUUAAUUUUUAUUUUUUUCUGAUGUACAAAGACGUCUUAGUGUCUGUAAUUUUUCACUUACGUCCAUCACCUCUCAAGCAUAAAAAGUUUCCCCUCAAUGUGCUACUGUUGUAUGAAUGUUGUAUUUAAUGUGUGUAUUGAGAGAUUAUAGAGUAAGAAGAGAGUUCAACCAAAGUUGUGGUCCUCUCAGAUGUGAACUUGACUUUGAAUAUAAAGACAGGUGACAAAUUGAACACCUUUGCAAGAUUCUGGACUGAGGUGUUAUUCAGGGUUAGUCCACCACCAUCAUCAAAACACCGAAUAAGGGAACAUAU